UAUCAUUUAUUUAUAGCACAGCUGCAAGCGUGCACGCCUGUGCAGUAUUUGUUUCCUUCUGCGCAUCUAUACAACAGAUGCUCAUGUGGAUCGUGGGCAUUCCUGAUCGUGUCAGGGUUACUUGCAUCUGUAUGUGUAUGCGUGAAGGCUCCUUUUCGAAGUUAAUCUCUUAAGAAGAGGUGUGGUUCUCUGGCUGUGCGCUCGCUCUCAUCCCCGCUCCCCAGUCUGAGCGGCGAUAUCAUCACACACUCCUUCCUCCGCUCAUCUUUUUCUUGUGCUGCUGUUGCUGCCACAGCGACUCGUUUCAAAACGUCGGCUCGUCACAUCUGCAUUCCUCUCUGUCUACGAUGAGUUCUUGCAGUGAGAUCGGGGAUGCCAUGGAACCCAGUAGCAGAGAGCACGUGACCCCGGAGAUGAACAAGCUUCGUCAGAGCCUAAGAAGGAAGAAGCCCACCUAUGUGCCCGAGGCCAGCAGACCACAUCAGUGGCAGGCAGACGAGGAGGCUGUACGCAAAGGCAAAUGUAACUUCUCUGUGCGGUACCUAGGCUUGGUGGAGGUGGAGGAGUCUAGAGGGAUGCAUGUGUGCGAGGAGGCGGUGAAAAAGCUGAAAAUUAGUGGAAAAAAGACAGUCAAGGCAGUAUUGUGGGUCUCAGCUGACGGACUCAGGGUGGUGGAUGAUAAAACGAAGGACCUCAUUGUGGACCAGACCAUAGAGAAAGUCUCCUUCUGUGCUCCUGAUCGAAAUUAUGAUAAGGCGUUCUCCUAUAUCUGCAGAGACGGCACCACUAGACGUUGGAUGUGCCACUGUUUCAUGGCACUCAAAGACUCGGGAGAGAGACUGAGCCAUGCAGUCGGCUGUGCCUUCGCCGCAUGCUUGGAGAGAAAACAGCGCAGAGAGAAGGAGUGCGGCGUGACGGCAUCUUUCGAUGCCAGCCGCACGUCAUUUGUACGCGAGGGCUCUUUUCGCGCUAACUCUGCUUGCGGUCAUCACGGAAGCGGCAGUGACCGAGAAGACAAACUGCAGGAUAAGAACAAAGCAGACCAGCCGUCUGUUCAUGUAGCUCUGCCCCCGGGUACGGCCUCCCCACCCGAGGGCACAGCAGAACCCGGUGGGCCUCACGCCAUCCCCCGCCGCCACGCACCCAUCGAGCAACUGGUGCGUCAAGGCUCAUUCCGUGGAUUUCCUGCUCUCAGUCAGAAGAACUCUCCCUUCAAGAGACAGCUGUCACUUCGGCUCAAUGACCUGCCAUCCACAUUGCAACGCAAGACCGACUUUGAGGCCAAGAACCCUGUACUAGAAGUGGAAAUGAGUUUGUCUGGUGAGGGAGAUAUCAAUGCCCUGUGCAGCCAGAUCAACACAUCCUUUACGAAGCCGUCUGAGGACCCUUUCUCCAAUCCUUGUUCAUCUGCAAUUGGCUUGCCAACUUGUGUUGUGCCACCAGCCCUGCCUCCUCCUCCAGCACCAACGCAGGCUACAUCUUCUUGGGUUCAACCUGAUCCUCCUCUCCACUCUCCCCCUCCAGUGUCUGUAGUAAUGCAGACUGGACACAAACGUACUCCCUCGGAGGCAGAAAGAUGGCUAGAAGAGGUUUCUAAGGCAGUUAGGUCUCAGCAGACACCCCCACCAGGUCCCACCAUCCCUACUAUUCCAGGGCCACCAACUGUGUCAAGUCAGCAGAUGUCGAGCCUGGCCCCGGUGUCAAGUAUUUCAAUGUCGCUCGGUACUAUGGCCAAACCCCUGAUUGCCGGCCCCUCUGUUCUCCCAGCUCAGGCACCAAUGCCCCUACCGCCGAUGUCCAUAUCAUCAGUCCCCCUGAUACCCGGUCCUCCAAUUUCAAGUCCCCCUAUGUCUUUGCCUUCAAUGUCCAUCCCAACAAUGUCUGGUCCAAGUAUGUCAGGAGCUCCUAUGAUCCAGCCCUCCAUCCCGGGGCCCCGAGGCUCCCUCCCAAGCGUCAUGCAACCCUUUCCUUUGGCCUUCGACGCUACUUCGGCUCCUGUUGGGAUGUUCGCCAGCCAGCCUGUCCAACCAGCUUUUGUUCCAAUGCAAACCUAUAUGCCAGGCUUGGCUAGCAGUAUGACCUACCCUAGUGUCAGCGUACCUGUUGUAGGAAUCACACCAUCACAAAUGGUGGCUAAUGCCUUCUGCACGGCAACUGGCUCAUCUGGUGCCGGAGGAGGUGCCAUUGGCUCCGGUGUCGGUGGGCCUAAAGUAGGUAACCUCGGAGCAGGAGGCACUCACCACCCUUAUUCAGGAAUGCCCACCGGAGGCUUUUCCACACCUUUCUCCGCCACUCCCCCACUUUCAACAGCCAUAAAUGGUCUCCCGGCACACAGCGGUGCCCCAGCAGCCCUUCAGAAUGGCAACUCUAACAGUGGCGGGAAUUGUGGCAGCACUAGCUGCUGGCCACCAGAAGGCAGCCAGCUGACUGCUCCUGUGACUAGCAUUCCCCAAGAUGAUGACCGUUUUGAGGCCAAGUGGGCAGCACUCGAGAGCACGAACACCAAACCAGCAGCUCAGGCACCUGGAAGUAAAAGUCCAGCAGCGGCAGCAAACCCAUUUUCGAACAACCUGCAAAAGACUUUUGAGAUAGAGCUCUAAACUGAGGAGCAACGUGGUAGGGCAAGCCCUACACUUACAAAGCAGAAAGCUUGGUGGGAAUAGUAUGCAAGUCCUGAAAUACUGUGGCAGCGUAGCAUUCAACUAAACGCUCUCAAAUGGAGUAUUUACAUCAUACUGAUCUUGCUUUCUUGAGGCUCCAAUGAGAGUUUUACAGAUUGCUGGGCUGCCAUUGAGUGCUUUUCAUUUCUCAAAUAGAUCAUGUAAUGAUCUCAAUCUUGCCACAUCACCUCAUUUCCACAUCUUUUCAGCUUUCAUGUCUGCACUCCGGCUUUACUUGUUGACCAGCUGCAAGUCCCUUGACACACUGACUGUGUUGCUCAGCGACACGCUCAGUGGUUGCUUUCUUUCAAAGGUGACUCCGAUGCAUUCCAAUCCCUGUGACUGAUUUUGGCAGUAUUUUUUAUAAUUUUUUGGGGUGAGGAAUUCAUUGUGAAGAAACAGAAGAAUUAUUGUUCACCAGAUCGAUGCUUUUGUGAAUGGCUGGAUCAUGAUUGUAUGUACAGCGGAUGUACAAUGUCAAUGUUCCAAUGUCAGAUUUUUCUGGUAUACAAAAAAAAAAAAAAAAAAAAAAAAAACGAGAUCUAAACACAUAUUUUCAAACACUUUCGAAAACAACCAUUAAUGUGACUUACAACCUGUAUAUCUUGAUUAAAAACGUAUUUUCUAAAAGGAAAAUAAAUUUUUUUAAAAAUAAUAAAAAUUGCGUUGUACACGUUAUAAGUCACAAUUAAUGUGAAAAACAUUUUUAAAUGAUUUCACUUUUUUCCUUUUCUUUUCCAUAUUACAAAAACCUAGCAUUUGAACAGUGGUGUGAACACUUUAUUUUUUAAUAGCCGCUGUACCUAAAAGGACCAGUAGUAGUGAUUUAUAGCCAAAAUUUAUUUUAUUUAUUGUACUUUUAAAUGUUAACACAUUAUAUUUACUUAAAUUCAAAGUGUUUUAAGUGUUUCCUUAAGAUAUUUUUUAUCCCAUAUAUUUAUUUUUGUUGAACCUUAAAAAAGACGAGGGAAGCAAACAGGACUACCCAGGUCUUCUAUUUUGUUGGACUUCAAAGGAGAGUCUGGGCAUUGUGGGAAAUGUUGUCAUGUUACAGGAAAUGAAUACCCAGGGAUGAACUGUUAUCAUGUUACCUCCCAUGUGUAUAUAGUGGCAUGAUGCUCCCACCCAUACAGUGGGUACUUUUGCUUUUACCAGACAAAUCAUUAGAACUUCAAUUCAUCGCAAGUGGACAUUUCUCUUGCUACGUUCACAUAACCUUUUGCCGAAAACCCAAGGACAACUCGGGAUUCAUAAGCUUCCGAUAUUCAUGACUAUGUUCAAAAACGGGGUCGAGUCUAUUUUGCUCACUGCAUCAGUCAGUUACAGUGGUUCGACACUAACUAGGUGAAGACGUGAAAGGUGGAACAAGAACAGGAAUGUAUAAAACAGGUAAAUGAUGGAGGAGGAAGUAUAAACUAUAUGCAAAUGACUGAAGGCAGAGAAUGGAGCCUUGCAUGAGAUGGCUAACGGUAAUGGAACAAACAAUAUUUCAUGAUAAAGACAGGAUGAGUGUGAAAAAUGGAUGAAGACACUUCUGUCACUGUGCCCACAAAUCAAAUUAUCUCUGCCACCUUCCUGAAAUCGUAUUAUUCUACUCUUAAAAGCUGAAAAGCAGAGAAUCUUCAUUAUUUAUUUCUACAACUUACAACAUCAUAUUCCAUAUUUUUAGUCUGAUAAGCAAGAUUUUACCAAAUGUGCAUCACUCCUUUCAUGUCAAAACCAAAACACCAGUAUGGUCAUCAAUCCUUAGAAAGGGUUUUUGAAGAAAUAUUUUGAACUUCUGCAGGUGCUCAAAAUCAACAGGUGUCAGUAAAAAUGUUUUCUGCUUGCUAAGUCUGAUUAUUUUAUAGAACAACUUUAAAUUAGGCAUCAACGCUAUAUUUUUUGAUGGGCUGCAUUCCAAAAACAAUUCCAUGACGACAACAAGAUCAUCACCGUUAGCGGGUGUUUCGUUUUCUGACGAAUCUUAUUUGUUCCUCACCCAACAAAUCCGAAUAGACAAAACAAGAUCCUAUUUUAUUGCUGACUGAAAAUAUAUUCUUUCACUGGACUCUUGUUUACCUGCCCUCUAAAUUAUAUGUAGGUUAUUGCGACAAAGCAAACGAAAUGACCUCAUGAACUUGAUUGUAAAACUACUUUAGUGAUGGUAACAAAAAACAAUGGAGUUUAUUUUUAAUCUUUAUUUACAGAUUUUUUUGUAUUUAAACCUACAUAUUUGUAUUGUAAUUACAUUGUAAAAAAGAUGAAUAAAGUAAUAUAAUACAAUACUUGAGCAUCUUUAGCUUGGUGUGCGUGUUUCUCUGCCUGAUUACAUAUUGGAAGAAACUGUUAACUUACAGGAUAUAACCAGUGCUGCCCCUGGUAAAUUGCAGGGCCUUUUCUCCCACAUAGCCUUGAAAAGUGGAGCAAAUGUACACACAUGCACACACUCGUAAUCUUAAACUGCACUAGCAAUAAGUCUUCCACUGCUAUUUUCCUCUGAUCCGAGAACUGAGUCAGUGGAUAUGAUUGUGCAAACGAGUAAAAGUAGUAAGUGGAGCUCUUCAUAUUGCUGCUGCUGUGAAUGCAUUUUUGUCAGAGUGAUUCAUAACAGUAAUUGUUGCAUUUAAAAGCACAAAAAUCUACAGUGUAUCACAAAAGUG